AUGCCUACGCUGCCGGGCCACCAACGUAAUGUAUCACAAGGACAGCAUCUAAUAGUAGAUCCUAAUGACUCUGGAGAUGAAGAUGAUGCAGAACGUGGACGAGCAGGUGUGUAUCCUGGAGGAAGUCCUACACAUACAUCAACACAAUGUCGACCGCAAAAUAAUAAGCCCAAAGGCCUCUGCAGCGACCCUCACAUUCGGUCGAACGUCAAAGUUAUAUUAGGCUCAAUAGUGCUUACCGUAGUCGGAUCAAUUCUGCUGGUUGUCGGAACAAUGGUGAUGUUUCGUCCUGAUGAGGACCGCAAAGGCCGGGUGUUCUUAUUCGCCGGCUUCCUCUGUUUUGUUCCGGGAUCUUAUCAUGUCUACUACAUUAUCUGCACGCUCUGUGGCCGUCCAGGAUAUUCUUUCGAUAAGUUGCCAACUUUCAAUCGAUGA